CCCCAGCCCCCGGGCCCGGCGCCGCCAUCGCCUCACCAGCCGGCCCGAGGGCCGCCGCUGCCGCCGCUGCGCCCCGUUUCGGCGCGGGAGGCCGAGCCUCGCCUACAGACCGGAGCAGCUCGCUCACCGCCCCUUUCAGCCACAGCCGCUCGCGCCUCCACCGCUCCCGCCCCUGCCCGGGGGCGUCCGCUGCGUGCCCCGCCUCACUGAGGGCGGAUGGCGCGGGCCGCUCGGCUCCCCGCCCCUCGUAGCCGCUCAGCGCGGGCGCCGGAACCACCCGCCUAGCCCGGCCUGCCCGCGACGCGCCCCGGGAUCCGCCAUACGAGUUGAGGGCAAGAAGCAAGGGCGCACGCCCAGCUCGCCCGCCGCGCCUCUCAGCCCGGAAGUGACUGCUCGGCGGAGGCGCCUCGCUUCCUAAGGUUGAUGGGAUUGGAUGCCGCGUGUGAGGUCAUCGCUAGGCGCCACCGGGAACGGGAAGCCCAGAAUUUCACAGGCCAUCAUGGCAGUCAAGUGGACUGGUGGACAUUCUUCUUCAAUCCUUUGCCUGGCUGCAAGUAAACAUGGGCUGGUGGCUUCAGGAGGAGAGGGUGGAGACCUUGUGGCUUGGGGUGAAGAUGGGGCCCCGUUAGGACGCAUGCAGUUGGAAGGGGCUGAUGAUGUUACCAGCGUCUUGUUUUCUGCCUCCUGCCCCACCAAGCUCUACGCCUCCCAUGGAGAAACCAUCAGUGUUCUAGAUGUCAGGUCUCUCAAAGGGUCCCUGGACCACUUUCAUGUGAAUGAGGAAGAAAUCAAUUGUCUUUCAUUAAAUGAAACUGAAAGUCUGCUGGCUUCUGCUGAUGACUCUGGGGCAAUCAAAAUCCUGGACUUGGAAAAGAAGAAAGUUACCAGAUCCCUCAAGAGACAUUCCAACAUCUGUUCCUCUGUGGCUUUUCGACCUCAGAGGCCCCAGAGCCUGGUGUCAUGCGGCCUGGAUAUGCAGGUAAUGCUGUGGAGUCUUCAAAAAGCCCGUCCUGUCUGGAUUACAAAUUUGCAGGAGGAUGAAACAGAGGAAACGGAAGACCCCCAGACCCCUGGUCGGCUCCUAAACCCUGCACUAGCCCACUCUGUCUCGGUAGCAUCCUGUGGCAAUGUUUUUAGCUGCGGUGCAGAAGAUGGUAAGGUGCGCAUCUUCAGGGUGAUGGGAGUCAAGUGUGAGCGAGAACUGGGAUUUAAGGGUCACACUUUGGGGGUAUCCCAGGUCUGCUUUGUGCCUGAGUCCCAUCUGCUGCUUACUGGAGGGAAUGAUGGGAAGAUAAGGUUGUGGGAUGUGAGCAGUAAGAUGGAGAAGCCACAGAAGAGUCCUGCAAAGCACACCCACAGGAAGAAAGCAAAGAGGGCGGCGUGCCCCACGCAGGGUGGGAACUCUAGAGCCCCGGGAGCAGAGGACGAGGGACAUGCAAAGAUUCUGCCGAAGCUCGAUAUUGAACACGGAGAAAAAGUGAACUGGCUUUUAAGUACAAAACUUAAAGGGAACAAAAGCGUAUUAGUGGCUGAUCAGACGAGUUGUGUGUCUGUGUAUCCCCUAAAUGAACUUUAGGUCCAAUAAAAUGCAUUGCAAAAAGCGA